AUGGAGGCCACUAAGAUCAAUGGUUCUGAUAAUUCAAAAGGAAACAACUCUGGAAAUGAUUCUCCAUUGAGUUCUGGUAGAAUCAAAGAUUAUAGUGGAGGAUCAGAAUUGGUUAUUCAUGUUAGCAGUGGUGAUGUUGGUGCUACUAGAAAUGUGGUUAGUGCUCCAGUUGUGAGAAAGAAGAGAGGGAGGCCAAGAAAAGAUAAGUCUAAUGAGAACUUAAGAAGGCCAUAUGUAUCACCACCGACACUGCAUGCUAAGAAUUUACGACCACGGCCGACGAUCCAUCUGGUACCUUCCGAUUGUGUCGCUUGCACAGGAGGAAGAUGGCUGCCACCUGUUUCCGUUCAUCCACCUUUUCUCAAUUCAUUGUGUGAAACGAAUUCAUACACAACCAGUAUGGACUUUAAGCCACAUGUGAUACAGGUUUCUCCUGGAGAGGAUGUAACUAGAAAAAUACUUGCUCUUUUUAAAACCGGUCCAAGAUGCAUCUCCAUUUUAUCAGCAAAUGGUACCAUUUAUAAUGUCAUGAUUCGUCAGCCAGGUUAUGGUUCAAGUGAUGUUUUGCUGAAAUAUGAGGAACAAUAUGAGAUUCUGCGUUUAUCAGGCUCAUACACCAUUUCUGGAGAUGGUAGAAUUCAAACAGAAGGUUUUAAUGUCUUGUUGGCUUGCUCUGAUGGUCAUGUAAUUGGUGGCACCCUUGCUGGUUCUCUGUUGGCUGCUACACCAGUCCAAAUGGUUGUAGGAAGCUUUAUCCCAAAUGAUUACAAGAACAAGCCUAAGAAGAAGCAUAAAUAUGGACUUAGAAAGCCACAUUCAUAUCCAUAUUUAAAUACUGAAGCGUUUACGGAGUAG